UUUCUCAAGGAUUAACCGUCUUCAGCUACGUGACUCUCGCUCUGUUUCUCGGCGAGUGAUUGCGUACGCCUGUGUCACGAGGGAAGAUGGCGGACCAAACCGAGGAUUUGAGUAGCGCCGCGGCUGAGGCAGACCACAAGACUGGAUCGCCUUCGUCACCUGUCGCAAGCGUUCGAGGCUUGGAGGAUGGUGGCUGGUCGACCCCCAUACUGUCACUCGCCAGGAAAGCGUCAGAGACCCUAUCGGCGAACUACGGGAGCGCUUUGAAAUCAGCGGCGGUGGGAUUCGCGGUCAAAGCAAGCAGCAGCGACAACACGAUGACUAAAAAUAAUAAUGAGCAUAUGAAAAAUGAACGAGUCAACCUCAUGAAUAUGAUGAAACUUAGUAUCAAAGUGCUUAUUCAGUCUGCAUUAAACCUGGGAAGGACUUUAGAUGCAGAUUUCCCUCCUCUUCAGCAGUUUUUUGUGGUUAUGGAGCAAUGCCUUAAACAUGGACUGAAAGUUAAAAAGACUUUCCUUGGCCCAAACAAGUCAUUUUGGGGUCCUCUAGAGCUGGUGGAAAAACUUUGCCCUGAAGCUGCUGAAAUAGCAGCCAGCGUUAGAGACCUGCCAGGACUAAAAACUCCUGUAGGAAGAGGACGAGCAUGGCUGAAUCUUGCUUUAAUGCAGAAGAAAUUAGCCGAUUAUUUGAAGGCCUUGCUUGAUCGGAAAGAUCUGCUGAGUGAAUUCUAUGAUCCAAAUGCACUGAUGCUGCACGAUGAGGGAGCAAUCAUUGUUGGCCUGCUGGUGGGCCUUACGGUUAUUGAUGCAAAUCUUUGUUUAAAAGGAGAAGACUUGGAUUCUCAGGUUGGGGUGAUUGACUUUUCACUGUAUCUUAAAGAUGGAACUCAGGAUCAUGCUGACUGCAGACAGGACUCCGAACUCACUAAUAUCCUGGAUCAGAAACAUUACGUGGAAGAACUCAACAGACACUUGAGUGGUACAGUUUCUGAUCUACAGACAAAACUGGAUUCAUUGGAAAAAACUAAUGCAAAACUAAUGGAAGAGCUUGCAGCAGCAAAUGAUCGAAUUCAGUCUCUUCAGGAGGAGCAGAAUCAAUUGAAGCAAGAAAAUUCAUCGAUCCUUGAAACAAGUGAACGUCGAGUAGAGGUGAGCAGACAAGAUUCUGAAGUAGAACUGGAAACAUACAAACAAACUCGUCAAGGUCUAGAUGAAAUGUACAAUGAAGUCUGGAAACAACUAAAAGAAGAGAGAAAGAUUCGCAUGGAACUGGAGAAAGAAUUAGAACUACAGAUGAGCUUGAAACAAGAAAUGGAAAUAGCCAUGAAGCUACUGGAGAAGGAUACACAUGAGAAGCAGGAUACGCUAGUAGCUCUCCGACAACAGUUGGAAGAAGUCAAGGCUAUCAAUUUGCAGAUGUUUCAGAAAGCUAAGAAUUCUGAGGGUACAGCACAGCAGAAGGCUGAAAUGAUAAAUUCUCUGGAACAAAAGGCUAACCAGAUGAUUGAUGCCACAAAGCAAAUGGAGGAAAGACUGCAACAGUCUGAACAAACACGACAGUUAGCAGAAGAAAAAAAUCAAAAGAUUGAGAGAGAAUUUGCUCGCAAGAUUGAGAAUCUCCAGCAGCAGCUCAGUGAAUUGGACAAACAACGCUCCACAUUGGAAUCGGAACUUAAAGCUGAGAAGGAACAAAGGCAAAGUCUUCAGCAACAGUUGCAACAAGAGAGGGAUGUAACAUCUCAGUUAAAAGCUCAACUGUUGCAGAAGUCCGGCUUAGAGAAGGAAAUGGAAACAUUGCAAGAUGAGAAAAAACAACUACACAAGAUCUGCGAAGAACAGGAACAGGCAUUACAAGAAAUGGGACUUCAUCUUAGUCAAUCAAAAUUGAAAAUGGAGGACAUUAAAGAGGUCAAUAAAGCAUUAAAGGGAAAUGCCUGGCUGAAAGAUGAUGAAGCAACAUCCUGCAAACAAUGUGAGAAGGAAUUUUCAAUCUCAAGAAGAAAGCAUCAUUGUCGAAACUGCGGUGAUAUCUUCUGCAACAACUGUUCGAGUAAUGAGUUGGCACUUCCUUCUUACCCUAAACCUGUGCGGGUCUGUGACACUUGUCAUACUCUACUACUACAGAGGUGUUCUUCAAAUGCUUCCUGAAUUCAGCAGAAUUUUAUAACCAGCCAUUAGUAUGAGCUUUUCUUAAGCUCUACUGCAUCAGUAAAGCUGUUAAACAAAUUAAGUUCUAUAUGCCAAUAUCUAUUUCUGGAACUCAAGAGCUGAAUAUUUUCAUUUAACUGUCCAAAUGAAAGGGCUUGCAUUAAGUUAUUGACCAAAUUGACACUUAAGUUGAAUACUAGAAUUGUAAUCAAAAUUUUGAUGAUUUACUCUAAGGUAAAACACCUUGGAUCUGUCACAAUAGUGAUAUAAAAUGCCAUUAACCCUAUUACUGGAUUGGUUUCUCAUUCUUUUCAUCUCUCAAUGAUUUUAAUUGGUUUCCAGUCAAAUUGUGUGAGCUUUUAUUACACUAUCACCAACUGAUGUAAUUCCACUCAGUCAUGGUCAACAAAAUUGAUUAUGUUGGUUGAAGUUAAAAUUAUUUUUCAGGUUUGAUAGUGCCAUAAUGUAUUUGUACUUCAGAGCUAUUUUUAUGGCUUCAUGUGCCUUUGUUGGAUAAUAAAUUGCAAUACUUGUAUUGAAGCUCUAGGAUUUACAUGUAUGAAUUUAAUAAUAUGGCUUAUUAUACUGUUAGAAAUAAAAUAUUGUAGCUCUUACUUGUAUUUUGCAAAUAUCAAAGCAGUCAAACCACAAUGUUGCCAGAACAAUGCUGCUGUUGUGGAGGUAAAAAGUGCAUGCAUAUUUAACAAAAAACAAUUGAGUGCUUUUUUUUGAGAUUCCUCCUUCUCAUUCACCUGGGGGUCCCUAAUGAAUGUAUAAAAUCCUUUAUGUACUAUUUGUAUAUUUCUAAUACAUUUCACUUGAAUAUAAACACUUCAAUAUAAAACUGAUCCAUUUCAUUCUCCUUGCAUUGAUGUUU